UGUUAUUUGUUUGAGAAGUUAUUGAUUCGAUCACCGAAUGAAACAACCUUUCCUGUUUAUAGUUUCUCUAUUGACAUGAUUGAUUUCCAAACACCCUUCAAAAACUUUGAUGUGCACUUCUCUAGAAUAAAUCUGUCUUGACGGUUGUGAUAGAAUAUGUGUGAUUCUUCAUUGACUAAAUUAUCACAUUUCUUCAAAGGCUUCACUUUUGACAAGGUACAACACGAUGUCUUUGUGAGUCUCUUCUGGAUACUAUCACUUGGAAGGUAAUAUCAUGAUGUCAUUAAGGAAUAAUACGGUUGACGCUAUGGAGGGCGGUGACUUUGAAGAGAUUGUGAAUAUAUCAAACUUUACGAAUGAUUCACUCUUUGAUGAAGGACCAAGGGAUAGUUCAAAGAUCCUGUGGUGGCACUUGGUGCUCCUAGUACUCGCAUUUAUCGGUAUACUUGGUAACACACUGGUGUUGAUGGUCCUGCUCCGGCGCAAACAAAAACGCUCAUCGACAGAUACCCUGAUCGCAAACCUGGCACUCGCGGACUUGGCCAUUUGUCUAUCAGCUAUUCUGGUCCCUAUAGCCGACAGCUUCAAAGGCAUCAAAACAAUUCCUACGGGGUACUGUCCCUUCGUCGACAUCCCUUUCACCUCGCUUGUUGCAACUGAAGCUUCGGUCCUGACCUUAAUGGGCAUCUCCAUCGAACGCUUUGUGGCCGUCCUGCAUCCAAACGCUUUCGAGCGUACGUUCACCCCCAGAAGGACACUGGCGAUUAUCGGCUCGAUCUGGGUGUUCAGCGUUGUUCUGGACAUCUACCAUUUUUUCAUCAUCGGGCAGGAAAACGGAGAAUGCACCACCACUUUUCCAUCUGGUGUCAAAGGUAUCAUAUUGGGGAUUUUCAUUUUCUCCUGCAGGUACUUUAUUCCUGCAACGGUGAUGGUCAUCUGCCAGUUACGGACGAUCUGGGAACUACGCACAAGGAAAACGUUGUUUAUUCGUCCGUCUCGGCGUCGAAAAUCACAACGUAUACGCCUGGUUCGAGUCCGUCGUCGGGUGAUCGCAACCCUCUUCGCCGUCAUCGUCGUCUUCAUCAUAUGCUGGACGCCCGAUCAGCUAUACUUUCUUUUCUGCAGUGUCUAUGUCAUUAGUAGGUCAGAAAUUUACAGCGUCACGCAUCGUAAUUUGUUGCUUAUUGGAUUCACCAACUCGUUAUUUAAUAUCAUCAUCUACGCAGCGCUGAACCCGAAAUUUCGAAAGGCCUUGAAGAACAUGUUCAUGGACUUCGUUGAAGGGUGCCACUUUCGUGGGUGCUAUUCGCAUCACGAAUAUGCAGUAGGCCAAACAAGAAUACCCAUGCAGGACAGAAGACCUAAUUAAGCACACUAGUGUAGGUUCAAGUAUUUAGAUGAUAUUCCUAUGAAAGAUAUUGCACUAAUGAACGUGAAGCACUUGUUCGAUGAGGUCAAGACAAUGACUGAGGAGGGGCUGAAAGAAGGCAUAGCAUGAUCAGAAUUUAGGUGAUGGCGUGUGUAACUGCCAGCCCUACAGAAAGGGUGAUCUUGGGGUGAUUUACAACCUGACCAACGUGUUCAGCAAGGCCAGGCCUUCAGGAGUCGGGUAUAGUCAGGAUUGUGAAAGAUUCAUCAGCCGAGGUUGACACCGCACUGCCCUGUUUCUUUCGUGACUCACAUUUUCAUCCCAGACAGGAUCUGCAACUCCUUGUCAUCUAAUUGCCCGAGAGCAAAUUAACAAUUGACAUUUAUUUUCUUGAAACUCCUCUCAAAGUAUGCCC